ACCAUUUUAAUUUUAAAUGACAUAAGAGGCGAAGCGAAGUACCGUAAAACGAUCUUAAGGAAGCCAAUCGGAACCCCUUUUACUUUUUGCUCUUAAAAAACACUAUUCACUGCAUUGACUUCUACUUUACACCGCCGCCGUGUCCUCUCUCAAUCACCACCGAUUCCUCCUCCUCCGCCAUCAUUGGGAAAAUAACACUAGCAAUUGUCUGAUGGGCGAGCAAACCCAAACACAAACAAUAACCGAACCCCAAACUCCAUCCCUAUCUCAACCCAAUUCUGAUUCCACCACUUUAUCAACAAACCCUCCCGUCGAUAUUCCCCCAAAUCCCUCAAACCCUUCUAAAAUCCCCAUUCGCCCCCAGAAAAUCCGUAAACUCUCUUCCACUACCUCCCCUCAAUCUACCAAUCCAAAACCCGCGGAUUCCUCGCAAUCCGUAGUCACAUCAAACGGCAAAGUGACAAUCACCAAAAAUCGUCGGAGGAGUGCAUCGCAAUUAACAAGGGUUUUGCCUCAAGUAAUCAAACCAUUAUCUGCUAAUGGAGAAAUCGAAAAUGCCCUUCGCCAUCUGCGCUUAGCGGACCCACUUCUUUGCUCCUUAAUAGAUACCCUUCCUUUACCUGCAUUUGAUUCACACCAACUUCCAUUUCUAGCGCUUUGCAAGAGUAUUCUCUAUCAACAGUUAGCUUAUAAAGCGGGCACUUCCAUUUACACGCGUUUUGUCUCCCUUUGUGGCAGCGAGGAUGCCGUUUGCCCUGACGUGGUUCUCUCACUAUCUGCUCAGCAGCUUAAGCAGAUUGGUAUCUCGGGGAGAAAAGCGAGUUACCUUUAUGACCUUGCGAAUAAGUAUAAAACCGGGAUUUUAGCGGACGAUACUGUUGUAAAGAUGGAUGACAGGUCUUUGUUUACAAUGCUUUCGAUGGUGAAAGGGAUUGGUUCUUGGUCAGUGCAUAUGUUCAUGAUAUUUUCCCUGCACAGGCCGGACGUGUUGCCUGUUAGCGACUUGGGGGUUAGGAAAGGAGUACAAAUGCUGUAUGGGUUGGAGGAAUUGCCUAGGCCUUCGCAAAUGGAGCAAUUGUGUGAGAAAUGGAGGCCAUAUCGGUCCAUUGGGGCAUGGUAUAUGUGGCGGUUUAUUGAGGGAAAGGGGACCCCAGCUACUGCAGCAGCAGCUAUGGAGGGUGGUAGUGUGCAGCCUUUGCAGCAAAUUGAGCCUCAACAGCAGCCAGAACAACAACAUCAAUUGCAACUUCUGGAGCCUAUUGAUGGCAUUGGCAGCCUCGGGGCUUGCAUUUGGGGCCAAUGAUUGAAGGGCUGAGUCGGGAAACAAAGCGAGUAGAGAAGAGGUUUCUGUGGUAUCUGGGUGCCAAUAGUCUCUUAUGUUAGUAUUGAGCUUUUAUGAUAGAGAUUCUGAAGUUACGUUGACAAGCAAUUGUGCUUCAGUUUUUCAAGUUUGUCAGUAGAGUUGCAGGAAAGUAGUUACUGUAAAGGAUUUGUAAAUAGCAGACCCUCAUGAUAUUUGGAGGUAACUGCAUUAUCACGGUAAAAAGGGUAAUAUAAUGCUUAAUAUUGUUAUUUUUAAAAUUUUGGUUUGCUCUUA